UGGUUCUCAUGCUUGUGCUAACUAAUCUGCUGGUGAAACUAGCAUACGAUUGGUUGCUCACUACAAACUGGCAGAAGUUAUGUAGCCCUCCAUUGCGCCAGAAUCAUGACUUUUGCGUGUUGCUAUGCCCCAGGCUUAGACGGCUGCGUGAAAGUGAAGAGAGCUCAACGACUUGCUCACCUUUCCAGAAAACUCGUAACCACCGCCACUACGUUCCGCGAAGCGUACCCUUCCUCCAAACCGCGCUCACCGUGUCGAAACUGCAUUCCCUGUCUCGAGUCCGCAUUCCCUGUCUCGACACCGCAUCCUUCGUUCAUAUCCUCCUAUCAACCGAACAACAUCGUCAACUCACUUUCAACCUACCUUACCUAUUCCGCAACCCAGCCUCCAGUCGCCAUGACGGUCCUCGGCGAACAAGAAACGACAGAGAUAACGCGCAAGGUCGAAGCUCUGGCCAGCACACUCCUUGUGCCCCACGAAUCUCCCGACGGCGAGUGGAAGCAACACUUCCGCAUCGACACCGACCUUCAAGGAAUCAAGUCACUACUUGCCGAGAAAAGAACGCGCCUACCAUACCUUCACCUUCCCGAUUGGCACCAGAAUGAAGUACUACACGCACUCAACUUGGUUGAGGCAUGCGUCAAAAAGAUGGAAGUGAAACACACCAGGUCAGUAGCAACAGAUGCCGUCGGAAACUUGACCUUCGUUGAUGGGGAUAGUGCUUCCUCCGUCUUCUCUAUUGUCGAGGAGUCUGUCACUGCUGUGAUAAACUCCACGCUUGACGAGAUCAGAAGAGGCGAAGUCUUGGCUGGUGCCCCCGCUUCUGCUCUGCAAGUCGCUGUGGGAAUGGUCGCCAGGCAGGAUGUUCUCGACGCUGUCUUCCAGAGAGCCAAUCUUGAAGCGCUUGGUUCUGAAGACGCCAUCAAGAAGCACGUUGUUGCAGCUCUUGCAAGUUUGCUACAGAGGGAGAUGAUGAGGUCGAUCGACAGUCUGUCCGGAUAUUGAUGCGACUCGACAGAAAAGACUUGAAUUGUUCUGUGAGCUCUCAACCACGACAGGGAAUAUUCGAUGCAUGAGAAACAUUCAAUGCGACAUGUG